AUGUCAUCGGAAAGGUGUAAGAGAAUACUAAAGAAUGUGUUGUUUCCAAGGGGACUAAGAUUUGACAUUGAACCAGAUUCUAAUGAACAGAAUGAAGACAUAAUGGUAGAGCAUUCCGGACGUUUUGAGGAAACCAACAUCUGUGAAACCAACAAUCUGGAUCCUGAUCUCAACAAUUCAAACGAAGUUAAUAUAUUUAAACCAUUGUCUCCGACAGUCAUUAUCAGAAGUCUUACAGAAGAUGUAUUUUGCGUUAAUAUGGAAGAAAAUGUGCGUGCAGUUGAUUGCCGAAAGGCAAGGAAGAAACCAAGAAUACCAGAAAACUGGAAAAGGGCUAAGGAAAAAGUAGAAAGGUAUUCAGCAAAGCAAUUGCCGUCAGCACCGCAAUGCAAUCACGCCAAUUCAUCUCAAUACAAAUGUGGUUCUUUAUCGAUGCAAGAUAUGCAACAAUUUCACGAACAGUUUUAUAAAUAUCCAAUUAAAAAGGACCAGGAUGCGUUUAUUUUAAAACAUUGUAAAAUACAAAAAACAAAACGACGUCGUCCGAGGAAAGGCAUCCGAAAACCGACAGAAAUCUACACAAAAUUGUAUGUCAGAAAAAAAAAUUCCGCAAAACUGAUACCAGUGUGUCAAAAAACAUUCCUGGGUAUUCUUCAAAUAACUGUCCAUAGAGUUCGAAGAGUGGCAAAAGAAUUUGCCAAAUCAGGUACAGUUGUACAAGAAAAAAGAGGCGGUGACCACAGGUCCGCCCAAAAUGAACCCAAGCUUAGAGCUGUACGGACAUUCAUAGAAACCUUUAAAUGUGUUGAAUCCCAUUACUGUAGAUCAAGUACAAUGAUCAGAAAAUAUUUACCAGCUGAACUUAACAUUAAGAAGAUGUGGAGAAUGUACCAACACCAAUGUCAAGAUGAAAACCUACUAGUACGACACUGUUAUUUCCGGAGAGUCUUUAAUAGGCACUAUAAUUUGGGAUUUGGCACACCUCGUACUGAUACAUGUUCAAAAUGUACCGAAUUACUAGAAAAGAUAAAAAACUCACGAGAUCAAUCGGAAAAAUCAAAACUUAUGGCUGAAAAAAGAGUCCAUUCACUUAAAGCACAAUAUUUCUAUCGCUUAUUGAAAGAAAAAGCAGACAAUAUGAUAACGCUAUCUUUCGAUUGUCAGAAGAAUCAGGUUCUUCCAAAAAUUUCUGACCAAACGGCAUAUUAUAGUCGUCAGCUCUAUAUUUAUAAUUUUGGCACUGUGCUGUCAAUGCCAGACAAUACGCUAAACAAAAAUAAUGUUUUUUUGUACGUGUGGACCGAGGAUCAGCAAAGAAAAGGGGCAAAUGAAAUUGCCUCUGCAGUAUUUCACAGACUGCAAAAUCUAGAAAUAAAAGAAAAUGUGGACAUGAUUCGACUGGUAUCAGAUGGGUGUGGAGCUCAAAAUAAAAAUACAGUUAUGAUCGGAAUGGUUGGUUAUUGGUUGCUCAGACAUGCACAUCCGCAAAUCAAAUCAGUGGAGUUCGUUUUUCCCAUACCUGGCCAUUCCUUUCUUCCACCUGACAGGGUUUUCGGUAACAUAGAGAAAGAAAUAAAGAAAAAUGAAGAAAUUAUUGAUCCAGAGACAUAUAUUAAUAUUUUUGAUAGAUAUGGGACGGUGGUAAAAAUGGAAGAUAAAGUCAUGGACUGGAAAAAUGCUUUUGCCGGUAUCAUCAAACCACCUGCAUCAUGGCAUUUUAAAUUUGCACAAUGUAAGAGAUUUUAUCUUAAAAGAACAGCAUCUAACAUUUUGGUGAGAGGCGAAAUGCACUAUGCCACUGACAUGAUUGCAUACAAAAGCAUUCUAAAAAAAAGAAAAUCAUGGACAGAUGUAAACCCAAGAAAUUUACAACAAUACGAUGUUGUAGUUAAGAGAGCUAAAAUUUCUGACGUGGACAAUUUAUUAAAAAAGCAUUUCGGAACGGACUGGAAAGACAGAGAUGAUUUGACCUACUAUAAAGAAGUUUUGAGUAGAUCAGAAGCUCGGGACGGUCAAGCUGAAGAAUAUGAAGAAGAGGUUUGCGAAGGCGGUUCUGACUCGGAAUUACGAAUCUAG